GCUGCACAGAUCCUACAUCUUCAAGUUGAAUUGCUAUGAAAUUGGGUCUCUAUAUCAAAGCUGAUCUUGAGAACGUAACAGAUCUCACUCCAGUCGAUAAUUACGAAUGGCACUUCAAGGUUGAAUGUGGAAGCUGUCACGAAGUUGAUCAGUCCUGGAUCUCAUUUAACCGACAGGAUUCUUAUGAUAUGUCUGGCUCACGAGGAACUGCAAACCUCGUCAUGCGCUGCAAGUUCUGUAAACGCGAAUCAACAGCCCAAUUUGAACCGAAUGCGAAAAUUCAAUCGUACCAGAUCGAACAAAAUGGAAAAUUUCAAAAACUGGCCACAUUCGAUUGCCGCGGAUUGGAGCUCGUUGAUUUCUCUCCUAGAGAUCCUUGGAGAGCAAAGGGUGCAGAAUCGGGCACUCCUUUCGAGGAUAUUGAUUUGUGCGAAGGCGAAUGGGCCGAAUACGAUGAAAAGUCCAAUGAACCUGUCGGGAUUUCCAACAUCGAAGUUCAGUUCAAGAAGGAAAAAUAGAUUGUAUUAGAGGCACAUUCGAAAUUGUACACAAGGCAAACUGUAAAUUGAUGGCAGAAAGAACCUAUUGUUGUACUUCCACCAAAGCCACAUUGAGCAUUACAUGUUGGAGAAUCUCUGUUCGAAAAAUUG